UCCGAAUCCAUUUCCACGUUCGUGGGCCGAUCAUGUUGGCUCAAAUGUUGCUUUGGUUCUUCAGAUGGCUCCCCACCGGCGAUGUGUCCAAUCUAUUCGAAUUCCGCGCGAAUCCUACAGUGGUCAUGGGCGUUGUUUCACGCAGUCCUUCCCGCAAAAUUGGAGCUAGAAACGUGAAUCCGAUCCAGGACUUGCAGAAGUACGUGCAGGAUGCCGCCACGCCUUUUGUCUUUCCCACGAACUGCUCAGUGCUGCAGUGGGACCUCAGCACCAAGACGUCCUCGCUUUGAAUCUUGAGUUCCGUGCCACGGUAGCGUUCAUCAUCAGAGGGAUGCCGCACCACGUGGCUGGAAUUUGGAAGUCUUCCAAGGCUCUUGCGCGGCGCGACGCUGCCGAGCGGGCCCUACAGCUGUAUGCCAAGGCGGGUGGCGAGACAGCCGGGGAGGAGGAGGACACCUCGCCGUUGGCGGCCGCAGAUCGGCUGCGGGACGAGCAGCCCUGGCACGUGGCGCUGACUCCAGAAGAAGUGGUGUUCAGCGUCCCCAUCCCGCGCAGGUUCGUAGCUCCGCGGCCUGCGGCGCUCACCGGGCGCGCGCUGGGGUGCCCGCCGCCGGGAGAGCACGUGCGCCAGCCGCCUCCCGCAGACUCGCUCCCGCGGCCCCGCCUGGCCCUUGACGAGCGUGGCCUGGCCGCCGGGGUGCCCUGGCCGCGGAGGCUGCUGCCCCGGCGCGGCCCCGCGGCGCUGCCGCGCGCACCGCCGGGUGCGGGUGCACCUGCCGGCCUGGAGCUGCUCGAGGGCGCCCAGGGCCAGGGCGGGCGCGGGGAGCACGUGGGCCUCCUGAGGAGCUUCUGCGACGAGAUGGGCUGGCCACGCCCCAGGUUCAGCUGCAAGGCCGAGGGAGGCAUGUGCCUCAUGAUGGUCGAGGUCGCCGUGCUCGGCGUGCCGCACACGUUCUCGGGCCAGUGGCGCGAGGACCCUGGGGCGGCUGCGGAAGACGUGGCCCGGAGGGUCCUGUGGUACCUGCGGGCCUCUGGCCACGAGGACGACUUCGAGCCGGACGAGGACUACGCCAGGGAGGCGGCGAAGCUCAUCCCUAAACCGCCCAAGGCAGACUGGAUUCAGGACGGCGUGUGGAAGGACGAGCUGGCAGAGCGGAAAUGGACGAUCAUGCUAGUACAAAACAGGCUCCAGCGUAUCUUCUCGGACGAUGCAGCAAAGGGCAUGAGCGUCUGGCACUGGAGCUACGAGGAGGGAAAACACGACGGCGCCAACCCUGGACUGGUCCGUGCCACGGUGGCCAUCCAGAGAGUAGGUCGCCAGUUCGUCGGCAAUUGGAUGGCUGGGCGUAGGAAUGCCCAGAUCGAUGCCUGCUCAAAGGUUUUCGACUUCCUCGACGCUGAAUAUCCAUUCCGGUCGAAACGCUGA